CAGUGAUAGGCCACGCCUUUCAGUAAACAUUCAAUUGAAUGCAAAAACAAAUUGUCUGUCAUUUGAUUGAAACCACAGUUUAAACGAAAAACACUUUUGCAUUAAUUUUACCACACAAUCAAUGAGUGAAUUAACGAAAUGUUUUAAAACCAGUUGUGUUUGUGAUCUUUGAAUCGUUGUAUUGACUAUUGGUUACCAUUUGCGGAGACAAACACCGAUUACACCACCGAUUGAUGUGAUGUCGGACCCGAGUCUAAGACAGCGCGGACACGGAAUCGCCGAUGAAAUCCAUACUGGUCAUAGAGAUAGUCCAUCGCAACCAUCGCGAGCACCGCUCAGGAGAAUGAGUAGCGAAGGCGUCGACUCGGAAGACGACCGACUCAUCGAUGAGACCAACAUCGGGGAUGUCAUGAGACAAGUGCCCCAAUCGACGGACCAGAUUAAUGUCAUCUUAGACUCACUCCCAGCCAGAUGGCGUAAUUAUGUGGUGCGGACUGUAUUCACAUGUCUUAUGGUCAGCGGAUUCUGUCUAAUCAUAUAUUUGGGUCCAUUGGCCCUCAUGUUUACCACUCUGGGCGUUCAAGUGAAGUGUUUUCAGGAGAUAAUAGCCAUCGGUUACAGUACUCUGAAACCAAUCAAACUAAACAAUUUCAUGCGACCAUUGGUGACAUACCAUCGGUUUAUAUCGUUUUGUCUGUAUGUCAUUGGAUUCGUUUGGUUUGUGUUGAGUCUAACCAAAAACUACUAUAUGAGACAAUUCUCACUGUUUGCGUGGACUCACGUCACUCUCCUGAUAGUAGUCACGCAGUCGUAUCUGAUUCUGCAGAACAUGUUUGAGGGCCUCAUUUGGUUCAUCGUUCCCGUGUCGAUGAUUGUGUGCAACGAUGUGAUGGCAUAUCUGUUCGGCUUCUUCUUCGGGAAGACUCCACUCAUCAAACUCUCGCCAAAGAAGACAUGGGAGGGCUUUAUAGGCGGCGGCAUUCUCACUGUUAUUCUCGGAAUGAUUUUUUCGGCCGUUUUAUGUCAAUACAAAUACUUCGUUUGUCCGAUUGAAUACUCAGAGGACUUGGAGCGCACGACAAUGGACUGCGAGCCCUCACCGCUCUUUCAUCCGACGGAAUACCACUUCCCCGUGGAGUUGGCGUAUGUCAACAAACUAUUGCCGCUGAACAUCCCGAUGACGGUAACGAUGUGUCCGUUUGUAUUGCAUUCGCUGUCGCUCUCGCUCUUCAGUUCCAUAAUCGGUCCGUUCGGCGGAUUCUUCGCGAGCGGAUUCAAGAGAGCCUUUAAGAUCAAGGACUUCGGCGACAUCAUCCCAGGCCACGGAGGCAUUGUGGACCGGUUUGACUGCCAGUACCUGAUGGCCACAUUCGUAAACGUAUACAUUUCCAGUUUCAUACGAGCGCCCAAUGCGUCCAAACUUUUUCAGUUAAUCCUAAGGCUUCGCACUGAGGAUCAGUUCAAAUUACACCAACUCUUAAGCGAUCACUUGAACUCCACAAAUGUGUUGAACUCGUUCUGAGAGAUCCAGCAAUCGAUUGAAUGAAUGAAUGAACAAAAAACCGUUUAUUUUAUAAUUAUUUUUUCACAUAUUAUUUGGAAGAAUUUUUAUUUCCAUUUUAAGACAUUUUUUUUAUCAUUAUUUAAAUUUUAUUUCAUUUGUUUUCGAAAGUUAUACUAAGUUUUGUGGUUUCGAAAGUCGACACAAAUUAUAUUUGUUUUAAACACAAAGACUCGGAUUCACUGUUUAUUUGAGUCCGUAGUUGCCAUCAACCGAUGACUGUCUUAAUCACACGUUUAUUGCAUUAACUAGUCUUAUAGCCUGUGUUAAUAAAAACUCUGAAAUCAAAUGCUUUUGCAUUUUAG